AUGGAGAUGAUACGCCUCGGCAGCGGCAAGGUCGAGGACUAUCCGUUCGUGAGGCGGCUCCGCAACCGGCGGCUCCUCACCUACCUCUGGCUCCAGGGCUUCGACGCCGCCUACGACAGCGUCGUGCAUGAGACGGAUGUGCGGCAGAUGAGCAGGCUGCAUCUGCGGCAGCUGGUGGUCUGGGGCCAGUUGAGAGAGGCCGUCAAGUACAUGACGCGCUUCCUGCCGCCGGCCCUCGACCGGGGCGUCGAGACCCGUUCCCUCCUCGUCUUCCUCCACGCGCUCUGGUCGCUGGCCAACGUCGCCGCGUGCUCGGCGGGCGGCCUCGUGAACGGCACCGUGCACCGCCACCUCGAACUCCUGACGAGCAUGUCCAGUCACAACGCCAAGCUCAACUCCAUCCUCCAAUACACACUCCACUCGCCGCAAUUCAGGGCGUCCCUGGACUGGAUACUGGUGAGGGAGAAGGCAUCGUGGGUUGCCGAUGACUUGGCUCUCCAGACUCCUGAGUUGAGACGCAAGUUGCAAUUGCCCGGCGGCCCAGGUCGCCCGCAGGACUUGCUUCCCAUCGGCCCACUUCGUCCAAGGCGCCACCGGAGGGGACAAUUCCGGCGGCCAAAGCCAGAGGCAAUUGCCAAGGGCUAUCUCAACUGGAAGAGGAGCGUGCACUCUGCAAACCCACUUUAUGGAUUGCCCGAGGAUGCACUCGGCCGGGCAGCAGAUCUUAUUGAGUGUUUAAAAGCUGGUAAACUUCCGGUGCUCCAUCAAGGGAACCCACUUCAAUCAGAUGCAAAGGAAGAUUGGAAAAACACUGGGACCUCAUCAGUCUCAAAUGCAGGUGCUCCAGUUUUCAUAGGUGAUGCUAAUUGUCCUUGGUGCUCAUCAGCUGCAAAAUCAGUUGCUGCAGUCUCACAGCCCAUUAAAAUCCCUUGGAUCGCAUCUGCCACAAAUGGAGAGCUCCGGCCUGCUACGGCGAAAGAAGAGAAGAUCGUCAGGGUUCCGUUGGAAGAAAGAAUCCAGGAGAAGAUUUGA